UUUUCAUUGCACGUCUUGCACCACCGGCUUCACUGGAUCGGUACGGUAGCGCCUACUGUGACAUCACGGUCGCUUCCUGCUUUAUAUCUUCCUGAAGUAGAUGCUGGUAGCUACGGAAAGCCAUGGAUUAGGGUCUAUGUUUAUGUUCCUUUGAAUUUGAUUAAGGUUGGCUUGUUUCCAGGAGACUGAAUAUACGUGAACGACAGAAAGAUAAAAUCGCAGACGGAUGGAGAAUGAUGCCAGAGGGAGUGCAGUUUGACCCAUUGGUUGGCUCUGUCACCAUGUACCAGCCCAGAACCUGAUGCCCAUGCUCGCCACAUUUGUUGCCAUGGAUGCAGAGGACUACCUGCUCCCAGAAGACUCUCUGGACAGCCCAGAAUAUGGCACUCCCAGCUCUCCUCUGGCGUCCUCCAUGGAGAGUCCAAUAUUUCCCUCAAACUCUUGGGGAUUGUCCCAGCAGACUGCAUAUAGUCAGCAGUUCCCUAUGCAAUCUGAGAGGCAGUACAGCUCAACCUCUUCAACUGUGACGCCAAUGGAUGUGUUCAACUCGGCACCCUUCCAUGAUGAUUUUGACCUGACCAGGAAUGAUUUUCCUCAGGAACUCAUUGAUGAACUCUCCAACAACUCCUUGUUCUCCUCUCCACGUGACUCGCUGUCAGACUAUGGCGCAGACAGCUUGCCACACACCUCCACUGCCAUGGUGGCCUGGGGCAACAUCAACACGUCUGGCAUUAGCCAGAGAGAGAGCCUGAGCAGAACUCAUGACUUGAGUAGUCUGGACGACCUGUCAGCCAUCAUCAACACACCACCACUGGGAGGAUUCCAGCCCUCUGCUCCAGUUCCACCACCUGCAGAGGAAGAGGAGGAGGCCGAUGAAGAGGAAACAGAGGAGCUGGGCCAUGUGGACACAUACGCUGAAUACAAACCAUCCAAAUCCACCAUUGGCAUUUCCCACCCGGACUUUGUUGUGGAGACCAACACCCUGUCCAGCGUACCCCCACCCGACGUCACCUACACCCUAUCCAUCCCCGCGAGCGCCAUCAACACUGGCAUGCUGUCUGCCCUGCAGUUGGAGGCCAUCAUCUACGCCUGCCAGCAACACGAGGUGAUUCUACAGAAUGGACAGCGAGCGGGCUUCCUGAUUGGAGAUGGGGCAGGAGUGGGAAAAGGCAGAACCGUGGCCGGCAUCAUCUUGGAGAACUACCUGAAGGGCCGCAAGAAAUCCCUCUGGUUCAGUGUUUCCAAUGACCUGAAGUAUGAUGCGGAGAGAGAUCUCAAAGACAUUGAUGCGUCCAGUUUACCCGUUCAUGCUUUAAAUAAGAUAAAGUAUGGAGACACAGCUACCUCAGAGGGGGUGCUGUUCGCCACAUACUCUGCUCUGAUUGGUGAGAGUCAGGCAGGCGGGCAGCACCGCACCAGACUCAAGCAGAUCCUGGACUGGUGCAAACCCAACUUCGAUGGAGUUAUUGUUUUUGAUGAAGCCACACAGAGACAGAGCUGGACUCCAGUCAAACGAGGGAAACCCUUUUGCAUGCAGUUGAGUGGAGCACCAGAGUUGUCACAGCUACUUGUUUUCUGGCUCCUUAUAGCCCCUGUUCUCCCUGUUCCCCUAGGUGCCUCUGAGCCAAAGAACAUGAUCUACAUGAGCCGUCUAGGGAUCUGGGGGGAGGGCACGCCCUUCAAGACCUUCGAAGACUUUCUGCAUGCCAUCGAGAAAAGGGGUGUGGGAGCCAUGGAGAUAGUUGCCAUGGACAUGAAGGUCAGCGGCAUGUACAUAGCGCGGCAGCUGAGCUUUGCGGGUGUGUCGUUCCGCAUCGAGGAGAUCGCCCUGGACAGCGAGUUCAAGCUGAUGUACAACAAAGCAGCCAGACUGUGGGCGGAGGCCUUGGUCUUGUUCCUGGGGGCGGCCAACACGUUGGGGCUGGUGUCCAGGAAGUCCCUGUGGGGACAGUUCUGGUCCUCGCACCAGCGCUUCUUCAAAUACCUCUGCAUCUCAGCCAAAGUGCGCCGGCUAGUGGAGCUGGCCAAGACGGAGCUCGAGCAAGGCAAGUGCAUUGUGAUUGGUCUUCAGUCCACGGGUGAGGCUCGCACCAGAGAGGUGCUGGACGAGAAUGAUGGGCAUUUGGACCGCUUUGUCUCUGCCGCUGAGGGUGUGUUCCAGUCGCUGGUGCAGAAGCACUUCCCCCUGGAGAAGCCCAAGAGAGACAAGCCUGCUGGGAACAAGAGGAAACGGAAGCCCCGUGGCAGGCCCCCCAAGUACCCAAAGCACAAUAAAGACAUGGUCGGCGAGGUGAUCAGCAUAAGCGACAGCAGCAGCUGCGAGUCGGACGGAAUGGAGAGCGACUCCAACUCUUCGCCCGAGUCCCCACAGGACAACGAUGACGUCAUCUUUGUCAACCACAUCAAUGGUCACACAGCCAAACUGGAGGAACUGAAGCAGGCUCUGCUCAGCAAGAUUUCUGCUUUGGGAAAGGAGCUACCCCUCAAUACCUUGGAUGAGCUGAUUGACCGCUUCGGAGGACCUGAGAUGGUGGCUGAGAUGACUGGGCGUAAGGGUCGUGUGGUUCGUCGACCUGAUGGCAGUGUGCGCUAUGAAUCACGUGCAGAGCAAGGCCUCACCAUCGAUCAUGUCAACAUGCGAGAGAAGGAGCGCUUCAUGAAUGGAGAAAAGUUGGUGGCCAUCAUCUCGGAAGCAGCGAGCUCCGGCAUCUCCCUGCAGGCGGACAAGCGAGUGAAGAACAAACUCAGGAGGGUCCACAUGACCCUGGAGCUGCCCUGGAGUGCCGACCGAGCCAUCCAGCAGUUUGGUCGCACUCAUCGUUCCAACCAGGUGACUGCACCCGAGUACAUCUUCCUCAUCUCAGAGCUGGCAGGAGAGAGACGCUUUGCAUCAAUCGUGGCGAAGAGACUGGAGAGCCUGGGCGCUCUGACACACGGAGACCGACGCGCCACCGAGUCCAGAGACCUGAGCAAGUUUAACUUUGAGAACAAGUAUGGAAACAAAGCUCUGGAUAAGAUCACCAAAGCCAUUCUUGGCCACAUCAAAAACACUGUCCCAGCACCCAAGGACUACCCUGGCGGUGAUGGUGUUUUCUUCAGAAACAUGAAGCAGUGCAUGAUUGAUGUGGGAAUCCUGGCCAGCAAUCCUCGUUUCGUCAUCAAUGCUGAGAAAGACUGCACCAUCACCAAGUUCCUGAACCGCAUCCUGGGCCUGGAGGUCCACCAGCAAAACUACCUGUUCCAGUACUUCACUGACAACUUUGAGCACCUCAUUGAGAAAGACAAGAAAGAAGGCAAAUAUGACAUGGGCAUCCUAGAUCUGGCUCCAGGGAACGAUGAGAUCCGUGAGGAGACCCAGGAGCGCUUCCUGACCGCAGGGAACCCGCAGGAGGGACAGGUCAUACUGUACAAGAUCAGUGUAGAUCGAGGUAUGCCAUGGGAGGAGGCAUUCAGUAAGGCCAAUACACUCACUGGAGAAGAUGAGGGCUUCUACCUCUCUCACAAGCUGCGGGGAAGCAUGCCAUGUGUACUGUUAGCAGAACAGGGGCGCGGGAGAAACCUCAUCGUCUUCAAGCCCAACAUUGGCAAGCAGGCUCACCCGGAGAGCUUGGACAACCUGCAGCUCCGCUACCGCAAGGUGACUCCAGAGGAGGCAAAGGAUUGCUGGGAAAAUCAGUUUGAGUUCUCUCUGCAGAAGUGCAGCCAUGCCCACUGGAAGGGCAAGUGUAAACAGAAGGAGCUGGGUCAUGAGUGCUGGCUGGGCAUGCGUCUAAGGCAAUACCACAUGCUCUGUGGUGCCCUGCUGCGUGUCUGGAAGCGCGUGGCCGACAUCGUUUCCGACAUCACCAACUCCAGCAUCCUGCAGAUUGUCCGACUGAAAACCAAGCACAACAGCAAGCAAGUGGGCAUCAAGAUCCCGGAGAACUGCGUUGGGCGCGUGCGCACCGAGCUCCUUCAGAUGGACGAGGAGGUGAAGCGCCAGCGGCAGGAGCGCGAGCACAGGGCCCAGGAGAAGCUGGCCACCGAGCAGCUCCUGCUCCGCCUGGCCAAGCUCCGCGCUGCCAACCCCAACGUCAACCUCCACAACCUGGCCGCCUUGUACCCCAGGGCUAGCGCCGUCGCCACCGCCUCCGCCACCGGUUCCCACCGACUCCUGCCGGCCCUGGUGAAGAAGGAGGUGGCAGAGGAUGAGGUGCUGGACCUGACCCUGAGCCCUUCGCCCUCGCCGGACAGCAGCACGGCCGAGGGGGGCGCAGACGCGGACCGCAGUCCCAGCCUGCCCGAGACGCUGAACCUGGAGGCGCUCAUCUCCCAGGAGAAGCAGCGGGAGAGGAGCAGCAGCGCCCACACACUCACCCUGCACGCACGCCAACUGCAGCAACAACAACAACAACAACAACACCAACAACAACAACAACAACAGCAGCAGCAGCAGCAGCAGCAGCAGCGCAGUCCUCUCCCGCCGCGCCUCCUGUCCCAGCAGAGGAGCCUGACGCCGGCGCAGGCCCAGCAGCGGCAGCAGCAGACCAGCCGCCUGCUCAUGGCCCACGCCAACCUGCACCAGCAGCUGCUGCAGCGGCCCGGGAGCCCGCUGACCAGCCACGGGCGCCCGGCCGGCACCGUGGGGCGAGGCCCCUACGCACAGUCGGCGCCGCGAGGCCCCCCGCAGACCCGGCAGCCCAGGCACACGGCCAACGCCGCUGCCGGCGCGCACAAAAUGCAGCGCGCGAACGAGAGCGCGCACAAGAUGCAGCCACUGCAGUCGGCGCCGCACACGGCUCUGUCACUGAGCGCACUCAAGCAGCAGAUCCGCACGGACACACACAACAUUCUACAGCAGCAGCGACAGCAGCAGCGGAGAGAGCUGCCUUACGCUCAGCAGGCCACAAACAGGCAGCUCCUCCCCAACACUCUGCAUGGCUCAAACACACACGCAAUGCACAUGGGCAACACACACACACAGCAGCAACAGCUGUUAAACACACAAGCAUCAAGUACCCGCUUGAUGCAACAGCAACAACAACAACGACAGCAGAUGAUCCACAACAGCCUGGGUCCGCAGCACAGCUCACACGCCCAGCCCCGAACUCUCGCUCAGACUCAGCCGCACGCCCAGGUGAACACGCAGGCGCUCUCUGUGAGCCCGCCCAUCGCGCUGGACAACUGUCCAUCUCCCGACGACAUUCUGGACUUCCUGGACUGCUCGGCGUCCUCCUCGGUCCUGCCGCCGUCGUACUACUCGGCCGCGUCCUCGCACGCCGUCUCCUCCUCUCCCUCGCUGUCGUCCUCGUCCUCGUCUCCCAGCGUGGCCUCCUCGGCGUCGCUCUACUCCGCUGGCCUGCCUCUGCCCAUGGGCACGGGCGCCGGGUCCUCCUCCGUCUUCGUGCCCUCCUCCACCUCCUCCUCUGCUAACCUUCCCAUCCUGCCCUCCAAUCACGCCUUUCUGUCCUCCAGCAAUGUGUUCUCCUCCAACAGCAGCUCCUCCAUCCUCCCCCCGGCGCAUACUCUCCUCCCCUCCUCAGCUCACACCAACUCCUCCCACCUGGCCUCCUCCAAUCACUCGCUUAACCCCUCCCUCCUCUCUGGGGCCCACUCCCUCCCAUCCCCGCCUGACGCCUACCUCCUCUCCUCCGCCAAUCCCUCGCUCUUCUCCUCGUCCUCGUCCUCCUCAUCCUCCUCCUCUUCGUUGCCCAAUGGCCACUGCAGUAUGGACGCCUUGGACAUGUUGAGAUCUGCCGCUGGCGACCGCCAGUCUGUCAUCCAGCACAAGCCAGAGUGGGACGCCACUUAGCGUCCAGGCUGCUCACUCGUUUGGCUGACACUGUUCAUGCGCACAUCAGAACUGCUCCCCUGACCCCCCCCAAACACCUCCACCCCACCCACAUGCAGACACCGUGAGUCACUGUCGCCUCCCCAGGGCUGUCAAGUAGCGUUAUUGUUUCUGUUGUGUUUUUGUUCUGCAUCUAUAAGCUACUGUUAUGAAAUGGUGUUUUAUGUUUUUUUUUGUUUUUUUUUGUUUAUUUGUUUUACUCUGUGAUGACCACAGUUGAUCUUGGCCGUGAAUGCCUAUUAUGGGCUUAUUCUCUGGGGGCAUGUUGCUGUGAAAAGUUUACCUCUGACAGAAACUUUUCUCUGCCCGUUUUCAGCAGAGGCACUAAUUUAUUCUGUACUCAGAAGCCAGAUUACAUUGAAGAAAACAUUCUUUACAACCUUCCAUGCAUCCAAGCAUAUUAAAUGUAAUCAGUAUGGUUGUAGAUCUGAUUGUAGAAAGUAUAGUUGGCUCAUCAAAAUGAAAUGCCCAGUGCAAAUUGUUGUCAAUUAUAGUGCCUCAACUACACUGUUUGGCCCUUCAUCUUCAGACUGUCGAUCAGUCACGUCACUUACGCAUGUAAGAAUACCCCUCUGCCUCUCAGAUCAAGUGCAACUGUCAGGCCAUCUGAACUAAAGAUCCAAAAUGGCUGAGGCCAUUAUAGUUGUUUGUUUGUGGCUAGAGCCUAUUGUUAUUCUUUUAUGUUUGUCAUGGGGAAGUUGGUUCUGAUCUUAGGAAAAAGAUCAAAAGAAAGAAAUGCCUUGUCCUAACAGUGCCUUUACAAAUGCUUAACAAAUGCAGUCUUUUAAACUGGUAUGUAUAUAUUUAUAUUGAGAGAAGUGGAAUAUUAUUAUUUAUUGUAAUGACUUAUGUUACUCUAAAGAAGAAAAGAAAAACCUUCCUCUCUUGAGCAGUGACCUGUGGUCAAACAUAGUCAUGCAACAUUUAGUCUGCUGUUUAUGGUUAUUAUUAUUAUUGAUAUUAUAAUUGUUAAUUCAGAUGCUUUUAUUUUGCCCCACUCAGCAAGUCAGACUAUCCUCUUUCGUCCACAUCUUCCUUGACUGUGACCGCAGAGAGAGGAAGUGGCCAGUGCUGAAAAUGGACAGAUGGCCAUAAUGUGAGCCAGACGUUGUAAUAAAAGAAAUCUUGUCACUUGUACUGCUUGUUUAAGUAAUUUCUCAGGUAUAGUGUUGUCCUUUUUCUACAAGUCCAGACCAAUUGCUACCGUAUUUUAAUUCAAUUAGUUCUGGGAAGAUAUGUUUCGGAAAAUAAUCUACUCAUUCAGGGGAACCAGACCAUUUCGAUUACGUGAACCUCCCAAAUUGCGAAACAUGAGAACUGGUGAAAUCAGGUAUGUUUUCACUGUCUCACCUCCAAGUGGAAGUGGAAGCAAUACAGUGUCUUAUGAACAUUUCUCAAAUGUACCUAUAAGUUAUCAACGACUCAUCAAAAGUGCUUCAGUGAUUCAAGGAAUUGGUGUGUAUUUGUCUGACUACAGGUUUGAAUUGUUCUAUUUAAAUAUUUUUUAAAAAUGGGGUAAAAAAAGUUCAGUUGUUUAAAGGUCCUUACUGUAAGGUCAAUAGAUUGUGUCUUGUAUUCUUGUAUCCAAGUGGGAAGAAAGAAGUGUAUUAUUGUUCUUUGAUGUUGCUGUUCAUAUUAUUGUCAUCAUAACUAUAAUUGUUAUUUAUAUUCAAGGGAUAUUUUAGUAGGACUGUUAUUUUGAUUCUUUAAUCCUGUUUGAUAGCUCAACACGUUCUAAACCUCUUGUCAGGGUCCUGUCCCCCCACACUCUCCUCAGAAGUUAGUUGAAGCAUAUUUAACCUGCCACCAAAUAUAUUGCACUGCCACAUACUGCUGUACUGCAAUAUUGUAUGUUUUUUUUUCUCUGACAAAUUUUAUGCACACUAAUCAGAAAUGAUCUCAUCUCCUCGUUGGGUUUAAUACCCCCUAGUAUCCAUUUUCUUCUGACACCAAAGCAUCAGCACAAAUAUCUUGCAAUGUUGAAACAGGCUUAAAUUACAUUGGCUGUUAACCAGAUACCAUUUUAAGUCACCACAAAAUCAUGUUAUCGAAUUCUCCCUACAAAGUUAAUCUCAGGAAGACCCAUGGGAUCAUUUGAGCAACAUGUUGAAUUAAUUACCAGGGCAAAAUGUGUGUCCUGCACUGCAAGGUUGACUACUAUUGUUUUACUUAAUAGAAGAACACAUUUGGUAAACUGACCUCUUCUACUGGUUCUGGAGACAAAAGAUUUAUUAACUUGGACACCAAAUCAGAUUCUGUUUUUUUUUUUUUUUUUUUUUUUUAACUGGUAGUUUAGAGUAGAGGAGAAUUCUAUCUUGUGAAUUUGAUAUUGUUCCAAUGUCCUGUUGCAGAUGACGGCUCAUUGACAAUUCUGCUCCUGCUACAGUUUGUCAUAGCUGUGACUAUCAAACAAUUCAUUGUCCAUUUCAGCAGACCUUUGAGCAUUUUUAAAUGAAUUUGAGUUUUUUUCCCCCAGUGUUUUUGUUCAACACCAGAAAUCUGCAUUUCAAGAGUGAUUUUGUCACCCUGUGUGCUUUUUCAUAAAAUUGUCUAUACCCUUCCCUUUUAAAGAACUGAAAAAGUUCUUUGGUGAACACUUUGAUAAUAAAAACAGAACAUUUAUUGAAA